GCGACGCUUCUUCUACAGCAUGUCCGUUCUGAGAUCACUCUGCCGAUGACCACCGGCCAGUAAACGUCGCCUGAGAACGAUAUCGCGCUACGAUUAUCGCCCUCAUCAAAGAGACUGAACAUUGUAGACACCUGGAUUAUGGAAGUGUUAGUGCACGAGGCGUCCAGAGCGCCAAAUUCGUACAAAGGCAUCGAAACAAGACCGAGUGCAGAAAACGGUGCAAUGGAUUCACAGAGGUUUCCCCAAAAGCAGCCAGUGGACAUGAUAUUCGAGGAUAUUUCCUACACCGUAUCUCUCGGUUUCGGUAGAGGCGAAAAGGAAAUAUUGCACAGGGUUAACGGACGAUUACCCGCUGGAGAGUUAAUCGCAAUCAUGGGACCUUCCGGUGCAGGGAAGUCGACCCUUCUCGACGUCCUUUCCGGGUAUCGCAUCACCGGGGUCGAAGGUACGGUUUUCGUCAACGGGCGAGUUCGCAACCUGAACGUCUUCCGCAGGUCGAGUGCAUACAUAACGCAAGACGACAGGCUCCAGCCUCUCUUGACUGUUAUUGAGAACAUCAGGAUAGCAGCGAAUUUGAAGAUCAGCACGGGCACACCGAUAUACGAGAAGGAGGCUAUCAUCGAGGAAAUACUAACCAAACUUGGUUUGUACACACACAUGCAUACAAGGGCUGGAAGGCUCAGUGGUGGUCAGAAAAAGAGACUUUCCAUUGCCUUGGAAUUGGUCAACAAUCCUCUCGUUAUGUUCCUGGAUGAGCCUACAACCGGAUUGGACAGCUCGUCCUGUACACAAGUCGUGAAGUUGCUGCAGCUUUUGGCGCGACAAGGACGAACGAUAGUUUGUACCAUUCAUCAGCCGAGUGCUUCACUCUUCCAACUCUUUGACCAGGUAUAUGUUCUGGCCAGAGGAGAGUGCUUGUACCAAGGUGCAGCGAGUCAGAUGGUACCCUUCCUAGAAAGUGUCAAGCUACCAUGCCCAGUUUAUCACAACCCGGCUGAUUAUGUGAUUGAAUUGGCCUGUGCGGAAUACGGCGAGGAUAAGAUCGACGCUUUGGUUUGGGCAACGCAAAACGGCAAGAGUCUCCAGUGGUUCACAAAUCCAGAUGCUAUAUUAGACACGGCGGCACUGCGAGUCAAACAUCCCCUGAAGAAUUCUGGAAUUUAUGAGAAAAUGUCGGGACAAGAAACGUCGCAAUAUAAUCAAAUAAAAGUCCUCCUGAAGAGAGGGUUCUUGAAAACUAAAAGAGACACUACUCUGACCCACCUCCGAAUAGCUGUGAACAUCUUUACCGGCGUAAUGCUGGGAACUUUGUUCAUUCGUGCCGGUAACGAAGGUUCCAGAGUUUUGGAUAACUACAAUUUACUAUUUGCUAUUCUGAUGCACCACAUGAUGACCACCAUGAUGUUGACCAUUCUUACAUUUCCAAACGAGAUGAACAUCCUGAAGAAAGAGCACUUCAAUCGAUGGUACAGUUUGAGGUCUUAUUACAUAUCCGUGACCCUAGUGGAUAUUCCAGUCUCUGUAUUCUGCUGCCUGCUGUUCUCGGCCAUUGUCUAUUUGAUGUCAGCACAACCUCUAGAAAUAACUAGGUUCUCAAUGUUCGUCGCAAUCAGUUUGCUAGUCGCGUUUGUCGCGCAGAGUAUCGGGCUCAUGAUCGGAGCCGUUUUUGGAGUUGUGAAUGGCACCUUUAUGGGCCCAACGCUCUCUGUACCAAUGAUGAUGUUUGCCGGGUUUGGCGUCACUCUUCGUGAUUUACCCGCUUACCUAAAAUGGGGCAGCUACAUCAGUUAUCUGCGAUAUGGUCUUGAAGGGUACGUCGGUGCUAUCUAUGGACUGAAUAGGAAAACACUGGCAUGUGGCAUCGACGAGCUGUACUGUCACUUUAAAUAUCCGAGGAAGUUCCUGAUGGAAAUCGCCAUGGCUGCGGAUCAGUUUUGGUUCGAUAUUUGCGCCUUGAGUUUGAUUCUAAUCUUCACACGUCUUUCGGCUCUUCUUCUCCUCAGGUGGAAGCUGAUGGCAUCUCGAUAGACGUCCACUUCUGCGUUGACUGUUCGUCACGUAAAAGUCAAAUGUUAAGAUAAGAAUAUCAGAUAUUUAUUGUGUGGGUGUAUAAUAUGUGUUGCGUGUAUCGGUAAGUCGUAAUUGACUUUAGGAAUAUACUCAAAAAACGCACAGCGUUUUGUUAAAUCUGUAAUCGUUUUUGGUUGGCUCCAGUACUGUCAAUGGACUGCAUUAGGUUGUUGCAUGAUGUUUGCUCCGGUUUUCAAAGAGAAUAUCGAUGGAUUCUAGUUUUUGAAUUUACCGAAUCACCAAUACUCUCCGGAUUUUUUCCCCACCAUUUUAUCCGUCGGACGUUAAAGCGCACUUUUUGCAACCAUGACAGGGUGAAAGUAACUGUAUCUAUAAGAAACUAAGAUAACUUAUCAAUGCAAUUUUUUUUAGUCUAUAAAUAGUUUUCGGUACUGCCUAAGCAGGACUGCAAUUUAUCCCUAAGCUGCGUCCGAAAGAAGAAGCAUCCGGUAAUGUUUAUCUUGCUUAAUUCUGAUCGCUGCUUUUAUAUAUCACUAUAUAGAAAUGUGUAUAUCGCUACGUGAGAUGAUGUAAUUUAAUUUUUUUAAAUUAUUCUACGAUUGACUUCCAAAGAUUAGCCACGCUGCUGUGCCAGGAGCCAGUUAGUUAGUUAUUCGUCAUAAAUAUUCUCAAUUAUAGCCAUGAUUAAAAAUUACUCAAUCGGUAAAGUAAAAUUUCCCCAGAAUUCAUGUGACAGGAUUUCUUGAAAGGUACGA